AUGAUUGCAUACAAGCGCGCGGUCGACCAAGCCGGCGCUAGCUUCGCCGGCCACGUCGUCGAAUGGGUCGACCGGCGCAAGAAUGAGGAAGCAGAUGCGCUAGCCAGACUCGGGUCCAAGCGACUCCAACCUCCUCCAGGCGUUGUCCUUGAUAUCCUCAGCCACCCCUCGGUACGCGCACCUCGCGAGCUGGACAUUGCCGAGCCCCCUGCUCCCGACUCCACUCUAGUCGCACUCGCCUCCGACAGCGUCGACUGGACGGAGCCAUACCUAAGCUACCUCGAACGCCAGGUGCUGCCAAUGGAUGAAACCAAAGCACGAGCAAUCGUACGCAGGUGCAAGUCUUUCACCAUUAUCAACAAAGAGCUAUACAAGCGCAGCGUCUCGGGAGUGUUCCAGCGAUGCGUCGCCACCGACGAAGGGCGCAAAAUACUGCGCGACAUCCACGCAGGGGACUGCGGCCACCACGCAGGCGCGCGUUCCAUAGUCGCCAAAGCUUUCCGCCACGGCUUCUAUUGGCCGACAGCCCAUGAAGACGCAGUCGCGCUCAUCCGCUCGUGCGCCGGGUGCCAAAAGUAUGCAAGCCAGUCGCACAUGCCGGGAUCAGCACUGAAGACCAUCCCCCUCACCUGGCCAUUCGACGUCUAG